GGGAUCCUCUUUCUCUCUUCCGGUCAUCCCCUGCUCGCACUUCUCCAACCCACCCGGCCGCUAACCAAACACUAGUGGUACCACCAAAUGGGGUACCUCUCCUGCCGCGCGGACUCGUCUGUGGCGACGUGCCGCUCCAUCACGGCCAUCCCGCCGCUCCCAACCUCGCGCCGCUCGGGGCCGGGGGCCGGCUCGUCCAGGCCCGCGCUGCCUCCGGCGCCGGCGGCCAUCGAACGCUUCGACUACGCGGAGGUGGAGGCGGCCACGUCCCACUUCGCCGACGCGGCGCUGCUGGGCCGGGGCAGCCACGGGGCCGUGUACAAGGCCGUGCUCCCGUCGGGCCGCGCCGUCGCCGUCAAGCGGCCCUCCCCGCGCCGCCCCGAGGUGGACAACGAGAUCCGCAUCCUCUCCUCCGUCAGCGGCCCGCGGUUCGUCAACCUCCUCGGCUUCUCCGACCCGGGCCCCGCCCCGGCCCCCGCCGCGCGCCUGCUCGUCGUCGAGUACAUGCCCAACGGCACGCUCUACGACCUGCUCCACCGCAACCCGCGCCCGCCGGGCUGGCCUCGCCGCCUCCGCCUCGCGCUCCAGACGGCCAGGGCGCUGCGCGCGCUCCACGACGCCGACCCGCCCGUCAUCCACCGCGACGUCAAGUCCGCCAACGUCCUGCUCGACGCCAACCUCGGCGCUCGCCUCGGCGACUUUGGCCUCGCUCUCCGCGUGCCCAAGGCCGCCGGCGUCGCCACGCCGGCGCCCGCGGGCACGCUCGGCUACCUCGACCCGGCCUACGUCACGCCCGAGAGCCUCAGCACCAAGACGGACGUCUUCAGCUUCGGGAUCCUGCUGCUGGAGAUCAUGAGCGGCCGUAAGGCCAUCGACGUCCAGCACUCGCCGCCGUUCGUCGUCGAGUGGGCCGUCCCACUUUUGCGGAAAGGCAAGGUUGCCUCGCUGUUCGAUCCGCGUGUGGCGCCGCCGCGCGACCCGCUCACCCGCAAGGACCUUGCUGCGCUGGCCGCUAGCUGUGUGCGCUCGUGCAGGGAGCGGCGGCCCUCCAUGGCCGACAUCGUCCAGCGUCUCGUGGUUCUCAGCAAAGCAGUGUCGGCCAAGGUGUGGAACGGGCUCGCUGUGGUGGGGAACCCUUGUGCGGUUGUUGAUGUUCAGACCAUCUCGAAGCGAGCUGCUGCCAGCAACAGAGCUGAAUCAGAGAGGGAGUCGAGUUCAGCAUUGGCGUUUGACGAUGACGAAAAGGAGGAAGCAGAUGCAGAGCCCUUGGACGAGGAUCAGGUGCCAUUGGUCGGUGCCAAGAAGUUACCCCAGCCACUAAAGAACGGGAUAGUGUUACCUGAGUCAGGGGCUCGGGAGAGGAGAAAUCUGUUGGACCUGAUGGCCCGGAUCGAUGGCGUUGCCAGCCAAAGAUUCGGCAUUAGCAGAGCAAGAACAGUGCGCGCUACUAGCGAGCUUAUUGAAAAGGAUGCAGUGUUACUCCUAAGGAGGAACCAGACGGUAAGAGUUGUUGGAUCUAAGGCACUGCCAAAGUCUGAAAGGAUUUCUCGUUAUGACGUGAAGAUCAAACACAAAGCAGUUGAAGAGCAAGAGAAGGCAGGGAAAGUCCAAGAGAAAGCAGAGAAAAUCCAAGAUAAUGCAGGUGGGGUUCAAGAAGGUUACAAAGAAAUAUUAGGCAAAACAGGUAAAUUGUUAGAGGCACUGGAGCCAAACGCUGACAAAGAAGAGAAGGUUCAAGGAAAGGAAGAACAAAACCUUGAAAAAACGAAAAAUGUUCAAGAGAAUGAAGGCAGACUCCAAUGCACGGCAGAGAAAAUCCAGGAAAGUGAAGGAGGAAUCCGAGACAAAGUAUAAAAGUUCAUCUGAAGACUGAGGGGAGUUAAAUCCAUACAAUGUUCUUGAGGUUGGCUUAAUCAACUAUCAUCUGGCAGCACCACGCUGUGAUCAGAUACAAAUCUCAUUCCUCGGGAAUCAUCUUGGCAAUCGGGAUUGUACCAGAAAUAUUUCCUGGUAUUGGUGAUUGGCUAAUACAGCCUUGAAUUCAGAUCCAAGCGAUGUGAUCUGCCAUUUGGAACGCCCCCAAUGACAACAAUUCCCCAGCUAUUGAAUCUUGGUUCUCUGGUGAUGGCCAAUGCAAUGGCUUGCUUGCGGUAUCUCCUAGUGUAGCUCAGAUUGAAACAACAAAGAACCGCAGAGCUUCAGAUUCAAUUUAUGCAACUGGUGAACGUUUCGCUGCUUCAAACUGAAUCAGAUGGAUGACCACUAGUUGAAGCGGAUUGUUCGUUGUUGUAGACUGUAGUAUUCUUUUGUAGCUUAUUUUUGCUGCCUGCAUACAACAAGAAGCACAAGUGUGGAAUUGUUUUGUAUAUAUGUAGGCAUGUGGUAGCUGAGUUGAUGUUAACUUGUUAAGAAAUUUUUGGUUUUUGCAUUUCCACCUCAGGAAGGUACAUAUAGUGGAUAUGUUUUCAAGCAUUGUGUUCUAGACUGCUAGUCCAGAUAUGUCGGCUUCAUUUUAUGUGUUGGACAAAUAGAGUACUGCAUAAAUACAAGUGUGACCACUUGUGAUC